GGCUGGAGCCAUCAACUAAGAGAGAAUUAAAAAUGGAUGCGCGGAAAUAUAUUAAAAAGAAAACAAGUCCUUCCACUAACUCAGUGUUUCAGCUGCUGGCUGAAAAAUGCAGUUCUAGCUUGCGAAGCUUGGUCGUCGGCUCGGAUCAACACCUCAACGAUGCCAUACAGCUUAAGAAAUUUCGGAAGUCUUUUCAAGAAGUUCGGCUUCAAAGUUUGCUGAAUAUGAAAAGUCUUUGCCUCCUUGAAUUGCACCACGAUGUCCUGAAUGAUGAAGCGUUCAGAGAAAUUUGUCAUACCUUGGUGAAGCUGAGACAAUUGAAAUGCAAUCUCUUGGAGGUUGAACUCGAGACAUUUGAGGUAGGUGUUUGUAAGCUACAAAUUCUCGAGGUCUUCUGUUUUAAAGCAUGGGAGCGCGUUGGAAGCGCCAAGGUCUCGAUUAGGCGAGCACCAGAAAGAACACAGCUCAUGAUACGAUUCUGUCUGCACCGAUUCCCGAGGCUUAAAGUGGUUGGCUGCUUAGCUGAUGAAUACUAUGGAGAAAACGGAUUUGACCCCACAACAUACUGCUCAAUUAUCUCGGAAAAUAUUCGAAGAUCUUACACCAGCAUGUUACAACACAUGAUAAUAGGACAGCCAAUGACAGAGACUCAGGCCGAUUUCCACUCAAAUAUAAUUGCCCUUGGUAUCUCAUUUGCCUCCAUCAGCAAACAGGAAUACAUGACACCAUUAUUGAAGUUGAAGAAAAUCAAGUCUCUGAUUGCUUACGGUCAACUAAGUGAAGAAUAUUUACACGCGCUGGUUAAUUUCUUGAGUGAUCAAGGAUCAUUAUUGCAAGACUUGGAAAUCCAAUCACCAGUGAACGAAGAUAUGCUCUUUGCUCGGGUCCUUUCCCUUUGCCCGCAACUCAGAAGUAUCAAGAUGUGCCCAGCGCCAGCGCUUCCAAAAAAUAUGAACAUCGAGAACCUGACCGAAAUAAGCCUGAGUGAACUUAGCGCUAUAUUCCGACCUUAUGUGGUGGUUAAACUCUUUACUGCCCCCGCUUUGAGGACCCUAGUGUUGAAAGAUCUCUGGAUUGAUAUCUCGUCUGUAACCGUAGCGUUGGAUGACAUAGUUUCGUCGGCUGCUCAAGUUGCCCCUAAACUUGUGUUUUUGGAAGUUUCGGUGCGAUGUCCGACGCAGCAUCUGAAUGAACGUGGGAAAUUUCGUGAGGAUGUUCCAGAUGACUGGACUGAACUGAUGAUGUACAUAUUGUGCAACGCACCACUUUUAAGCAACGUCUAUUUGAAAAAUGGCCCACCGGAACUAUCAAACAUAGUUAGUGCCAUAAAUCAAAGGUCGCAAUUUGCCUAA